GAAAGGCCGCCGAGCCAAAAUGACAGCUCUCUCCUCUUGUCUCAGUGGGAAGUCGACGCAGCUGGUUGAUUUCUGGACACUUCAAAAUGGAAAGGAAUACAACAUUAUUCAGAUAUUUGCAUGGAAUGUAAUGACUAUAUAUAUAGUUUCUGAAAUAUUAAUGUUUUUGUUGUAGUAUCCGGUUAAUGUCUUCAUGUAAUUUGAGUUGACAGUGUCUGUUUAGGUAGCUUGUUUGGUUUUUGUCUAUCAGCAAGCUAACUGUUAGCUACACGUUAGCGUUUACGAGAAGGCCAGACUUGUCUUUAUUUUCUGUCAUAAUUCACAUGAACUAGUUAGCUACCCCCUUUUACACAGGGAAUAAAUUAGCUAUACAUACCGUCGUGUUUGCGCUUGUUUUUUUUGGUUUAUUUUCAAACUCUUGAUUCUCUCAAGUGAUCGCAUUUAUUUAUUUUGUUAUUUUUUAGACAGUAAAGGACGCAAGUAACGUAUUUUUUAUUUUUUUGUCUUACUGUUUACUAGUCUUAGUUUCCUACCUUUUAUUUUAUGUGUUGAAAUAUCUGGUCAAAUUGCUUUUUUUUCCCCCCACCAUGUUUCUGAUAGGCGGUGUGUUGCUUUGGGCCAGUUUCUACGGUACAAAACUCUAAAAAAACAAACAAGUGAUUUCAGUCCAUUUGACAACUCACAAUCAGCAUGUUUUUUUUUGUUCUUCCCCUUCCGACGCGUUAGAUAAUAACAUUUAGUUACAUUAAUAACUCAGCGACUUCCAUUGAACUUGCUCUGUGUCAUUUUGGACAGCUUGUUGUAUUGAGUUCCCUCUUACAUAUGAUCAGUUUAGUGUCUGGGGACAUCGAGUGAACACGUCUGUGUCCCUUUUCAUUUCCACCAUGUCUUGUGUACAUUAUAAAUUCUCAUCUAAACUCAACUACGACACGGUCACUUUCGAUGGCCUGAACAUCACUCUGGCCGACCUGAAAAGACAGAUUAUGGGUCGAGAGAGACUCAAAGCUGUCGACUGCGGCCUACAAAUCACCAACGCACAAACUAAAGAAGAAUACAAAGACGACGAGGCCUUGAUAUCCAAGAACUCCUCUGUCAUCAUCAGAAGAAUACCCAUCGGAGGAGUCAAGGCUUCAAGCAAGAUGUAUAACAUUGAGCGUUUUUCAGAACAGAAUCACUUCCCCGUUCAGAACCUCCCCGUCGGAUCCUCCAAAGGAGAUCGUUCUUCAGAACACAGUCACUUUUCCAUUGGAUCCUCUAAAGGAAUUGAUGAUCAUGCUUCAUCUAUAUCACUGGCCCAACUUUCAAAGUCUGAAGGAGACGUACACUUGCUGCUGCUUACACUCGUACGUUACACACACACACACACACACACACUCGUUCGUUACACACACACACACACACACACACACACUCGUUCGUUACACACACACACUCAUACGUUACACACACACACACUCGUCCCCGACCACAUAUCCUGAAGAAUGAAGUGUUCGCCUCGUUUUUUUCCCUUCUCUCUCUAAAUGAAGACUCAACGGGUUGUCUUUGUUUGUUUUGCUCAUACGUGACCUUUCACCCCUAGGACACUAAUUUAUAAACAAACCUGUUAUCAAUCUUGCUUUCAAAUCUUAUUGAAGCCCAUGUAACAACUUUUAAAAAACAUUUCAACAAUCCUCUCUACUGCACCAUGCUUUGUCAGCACACUGUGUUUUUGAAGAGAUUUACUUCAUAUAUAUAUACACAUUUAGCAGAUGUAAUUUAUCCUCAAAUAUGUAGUUUGCUGAAGUAAAACACAAACCUACAGUGUGAACCACGGACGUGAUUCUUGGUUGAACCCUUCUGUUGUUGUGAUGGAACUGAUUUUGUUAUUGUUGGUUAUAUAUAUUUAUUUAUACCUUGUGACGUUCAACUAGAGAACAGCAUUUACUACUUUUAAUGGUGUUAACAGGCUGUGAUGACAGUGAGCUGUUAAAAGGACUGUGUUUUGAUUGGGUAGCUGGAAUGUGGGAGUAUGAAUGUUUUAUCCAAUAAAACGUCUCUUGGACCCCUGACCGUU